GUCGCCAUUCCCCUGUGUGACGUCAUAGUGCAUUGUUGUGAGAGUAGCGGAGCAUCCCUCAAGCUGUCAGCUGUGCUGCUGCUGCUGCGGGAGCCCGAGCCCGAGCCGGCCCAGCCCCCUUCUCCUCCCCCCGCCCCGGGGGCUCCGGAGCUCCGCGCCCGUGUAGCCUUGUCUGUGUGGAGCCCCUCCGGGCCCCCCUCCCCCGCACGCUCCAGUCCGCCCUCCCCCCGCCCCCCUAGAACCAUCUCAAUGAGAUGCAAACAUGAAAGACAAGAGGAAGAAGAAGGACCGCACCUGGGCCGAGGCUGCCCGCCUGGGAGGAGCUGCCCAGGUGUGCUGAGGGGCCUGUACUCAGGAAGAGAAACAGGGAAUCCUCCACAGCAUUGGAAAAACACCCCAACUCACCAAUGACUGCAAAACAAAUACUGGAAGUAAUUCAGAAAGAAGGGUUAAAAGAAACAAGAUCAUCAUCUGGCCAAUCCUCCUCUCUGUACCUGGAAGGAAAACCAACUCUUAAGGAAUGGAACCUCUCCAUUAGCUUGUCUGAAUGCAAUGCUUCAUACUAACACUCGUGUAGGUGAUGGAACAUUCUUCAAAAUCCCUGGGAAGUCGGGACUCUAUGCUCUCAAAAAAGAAGAAUCUACAUGCCCAGCAGAUGGAACAUUAGAUAUAGGAUGUGAAUCUGAGUUAGAUGGCACUGAAAUGGCUGAGACAAACAAUAGUAAUGGAGAAGAAAAUGGAGUUUGUCCAAAGCAGAUACCUGAAGAAGCGUCUUCCAAUCGAGACUCAAGCCUUACUAACACACCAGUGCAAAGCAAGCUAGUGUCUUCCUUCCAGCAGCACACCAAAAAGGCACUUAAACAGGCUUUAAGACAACAGCAGAAAAGAAGAAAUGGAGUCUCAAUGAUGGUAAACAAGACUGUUCCUCGUGUUGUUUUGACACCAUUAAAGGUGUCUGAUGAGCAGUCGGAUUCACCUUCAGGAUCUGAAUCUAAAAAUGGUGAAGCAGACAGUUCUGAUAAAGAAAUGAAACAUGGGCAAAAAUCUCCAACUGGAAAACAAACAAGUCAGCACUUAAAGAGAUUAAAAAAGUCUGGUUUAGGACAUUUGAAAUGGACCAAAGCUGAGGAUAUUGACAUAGAAACACCAGGAUCUAUUCUAGUGAACACUAACCUGAGGGCUUUAAUAAACAAACACACCUUUGCUUCCUUACCUCAGCAUUUUCAACAAUACCUCCUGCUUUUGCUUCCAGAAGUAGACAGGCAGAUGGGAAGUGAUGGAGUUUUGCGCCUCAGUAGUUCCGCUCUAAAUAAUGAAUUCUUUGCAUAUGCAGCACAAGGGUGGAAACAACGAUUGGCAGAAGGAGAAUUUACUCCAGAAAUGCAGUUGCGCAUCAGACAAGAGAUUGAAAAGGAAAAGAAAACAGAACCUUGGAAGGAAAGGUUCUUUGAAAGGUUUUAUGGUGAAAAGUUGGGAAUGUCAAGAGAAGAAUCUAUGAAGCUCACUUCAGUACAGAACAGUGAUGAAGAUGAGAGUAGUUUGCUGUGUGGAUCUUCUGGUAUACCUGGUCCUUCUAAACAAACAACUUUUGAGGACCAUGAACAGAAAAGCAUGAAAAUUCCACCUCUUCCUGAAAGAGAUUUCUGUCAGUCUCUUUGUAAUGUGGAACAGGUUCCAGUCAAGGAUCUAAUGGCGGAAUCAGAUUCAGAGGAUAUAUUGGUACCUGAUGAAUCUGUAAUUCAGGAAGAGAUUGCUGAGGAGGUUGAGACAAGUAUCUGUGAAUGCCAGGAGGAGAACCAUAAAACAGAACAUGAGUUUUCUGAGGAGCCAGUAAGCCCAGCUGGUACUAAUGAAGAAGUAGAAGCAGUGCCACUUGCAGACAACUCAGCAUCUUGUGUUGUAAUGAAUGAUGUAGUUGAUACUUUGUCUCACAUUGAAAUUAAAGUGGAGUUGAAAUCAGAAUGUCCUCAGGAAGAAAUGUCAGUUGUGAUUGAUCAGCUGGAGGAUUGUUUAUCACCUGCUUCAUCUACGAACUCUGUCAGCGAUACAGCAGAGAGGGAUUCUGAGUCUACAAAAGAGCUAAGUGCUCCAGAAACACAAAACUCUGCUUUAGAAGGCUCAUUGUUCACUGAUGGAGGCAUUGCUGUUGAUAUGGAGCUACAGAGUGACCCUGAUGAACAAUUAUCUGAAAAUGCUUGUAUUUCUGAAACUUCCUUUUCUUCUGAAAGCCCAGAGGGACCUUGUAUUGGUAUUGCCUCUCCAGGAGGUGACACACAGUCCACUUCAGAGGAGCCCUGUACUCCAGCAUCUCAUGAAACGGCUUGUUCAUCUGAGGCAGCCAGCAGUGAAAAUAUUGAACCUGAUAGUCAGCAAAAGACCAUUGAAGAAAGCCUGCACACACCUUUAAUGUCAGAAAUAUCUCCAGUGUCCACUUCACCUGUAACCUCAGAAGCAUCUCUGACAUCAAACUUACCUUUGACGUCAGAGGCAUCACCAGCUUCUAAUUUACCUUUAACAUCAGAAACCUCUCCAAUGUCUGAUUUACCGUUAACAUCAGAAACCUCUUCCAUGUCUUCUGUACUUCUAGCUUCUGAAACAUCCGUGGCAACCAGUUUACCUUUUCUGUCAGAAGCAUCUCCAAUUUCUAAUUCCCCACAGAGUGAAAGACUUAUUCUGCAGCAAAGGAAAUCACCAUGUUUAUCUGAAGAAUCCCUCUCCCCUUUAAAAGAAGAAACUUCAACCAUUCCUAAGGCAUCUCAAGAGGAAAAUCUUAUUGCGCAAGAAAAACUGAUUCAGUGUACAACUGAAACUAUGAAAAUGGGUCCUCUAGCAAAUAUACCUGAAAGUUCAAUAUUGGAAGAGCCCCAGAGCAAAAAUCUUACUCAUCAAUCAUGCAGAUCACAUACUGAAAUUGAGAAAUCUUAUAUUGCUUCCAUUUCAGAACUCUCUUCUCCAGAAGUGAUCAAAAUUAAAAAUCAUCAUGUUCAGCAAAGAGUGGAAAAGAAAGGUGUGAUCUCGCCAUUAGAGAUAUCUGUCCUAUCAGAAGGGACAGUGGGCAAAAGCACUGAACUCCUUCCAAUUAAACCACAUGAUAAAGUAUAUGCCUCAUCUCUAGAAAAGACUUCAUUCUCGGAAGUGUGCAGAAGUAAGUCACACAAACAACAAAGCAGUGCACAGAUCCGGCUGGAGAGUUCUCAUUCAUCUAAGUUAUUAGAACCCACAAAAUCACCUGAAGUAAGAAUUGAAAAUAGAGAUGCAGAGAUCCCAAAGAGGAAGACUGCAGAACAGCACAGUUUUGGAAUCUGUAAAGAGAAGAGAGCUAGAAUAGAAGAUGAUCAGUCUAAUCGUAAUGCCCCAUUGACGAGUCCAUCUGAGAAAGAGCAGCCACCUAGAGAAGAGCCCCGAGUCCCACCCCUCAAGAUUCAACUUUCAAAAAUUGGGCCACCUUUUAUUAUCAAGAGUCAACCUGUUUCAAAACCAGAACCUAGGGUUUCCCAGAGUACAUCAGUCAGCAGCGGGAGGAACACUGGGGCUAGAACUCUUGCAGAUAUCAAGGCAAGAGCUCAGCAAGCUAGAGCCCAGAGAGAGGCUGCAGCUGCAGCUGCUGUGGCAGCAGCUGCAAGCAUAGUCUCUGGAGCAAUGGGGAGUCCCUGCGAAGGUGGGAAGACAAGAACACUGGCACACAUCAAGGAGCAAACAAAGGCCAAACUAUUUGCAAAGCAUCAAGCCAGAGCCCACUUACUCCAGACCAGUAAAGAAGCAAAGUCGCAGCUCAGUUCAAAGGAAUGUCCUUCGUCCGUAGAAACCUCGACUCCUUCUGACACAAAGAUUGAAGUUUCUACUGGUGUCAUUAUAGUUAAUCCUAACUGCAGGUCUCCUAGCAACAAGUCUGCUCACCUCCGUGAGACUAACACUUUACUGCAGCAGUCACUUAACACAGCUGCAUUGCCAGAAACUGCUACGGACGUAUCUGUGCACAGUUCUGAUGAAAACAUACCUAUGCCACAUUUGUGUGAGAAAAUUAUCUCAUCUACCUCCACUGAAAAUAACAAUGUGCCAGUGCUUUAUAGUAAAAAUUCAGUCCCUGCAUCUGUUUGCAGCACUGCUAUGUCGGGAACAAUUCAAGAACUUCCCUUUGCAAGUUCUCUUGAUAAAUCCUCUGUUUUAAUGUCUGUUGACAGUACAAACACAACGAUUUCGGCUUGUAAUGUAAACAUGCUGAAAUCCACCCAAGGGGUUGAUACUCCAUGCAUUGCCAUUGUACCAAAAUGUAUUGAUAACACUAUUGUUCCAGCCUCAAUAGACAGUACAGUCUUAUCAAAUUCAAGUGAUGAGAGAAGGUUGCCAGUAUCAAGUAGCAGUGCAAAUAAUGCAGUCUCCAGUCAAUAUACCACUGUGCCAACUUCAUCCAUUGCAAGUAAUUUGCCAAAUCAUCUCCCAGGUAGUUCUGUACUGAUUCCCCCAGUGGGGACUACUACUAGAUUUUCUUCUGAUAAGAUAGCCAUAACUGGAUGCAGUGAGCAAAGUACUGUAUCCAUUAACACUACUGUUAGAGCGGCUUUAAGCUGCAGUGAUGCGGCUGCAGUAGUAGAUUCUGUUGCAAGGCCACCCAUUUCAAUGUUUACUGGUAAUAUGGUGACAAUAAGUUCUUAUGACAACACUGCUAAAUUAAGUGCUGACAACUUGGAAAAAAGUUCUGGACCACGAAACCGAAUAGAUCUGUCCAGUAAAUCUCAGCCAGUGAGCUUUACACAAACAGCCAUGAACAGGUCUAUACCUUGUAAAGUCAUUGUUGACCACACUACAACAUUAAAUACCAAUUUGUCACUGGCUGCUUCCAUUGAAAAUGCAGAAAACAGCAUAGAUCUUCAGAGCAGACUUGUGAGGGCAGAAACUGCCUUACAAAAUAUAGCAUGUCCUCAGGUGUCUGUAAUAAGCAGGCCUGAAAUAGUCAGUAAUGAAAGCCUUGAGCACAGUUCCAGCUUCAUAACUGUUGCAGCAAAGCAAGAGGGCAAAACCUUGCAGGCAGCUUGUACAAGUCUUCAAGAAGUGCCUCUUACUCCUCAAGAUAAAUUAAUUGACGUUGUUGCCCCCGGCCAAGGUUUUGUGGAGCAGUUACGGGGUCCUUCAGCCUUUAAAAGUGAAGUAGAUGCUGCCUGUGUCAAUCAGUAUAACACUAAUAACAGAAUUUGCUGGCAUGAUGAAGAGGCAAUGCACACAGACCAGCCAAUGGUCAGCCAUCUUAACCCAAACAAGCAUAAAGAAUAUACAGAGCAAAACUGUUUAAAAAAUGUCAAAACUGAACCUUCAAGUUACACGCAAAUGUCAGAGAUGCAGUCAAGGAGUCUUAUGACAAGCAUCGCUGUUCCUGUUAAAUCAGAAACUACCGAAUCUGACAAGUGCUUUAGGAUGGACACUGAGGAUUUUACUGGACCUGAAAUGCCUAGCCAGACUGCAGAAAUAGCCACAAGUGCACAGCCAACACAGACCUCCAAGACAUCUGCUACAGAUUCCAUGGAGGACUCUUUGUCAUUGACGACAGAAACCCUAAAAAGAGUUACAAGUGCUGGAAGCUCUAGCUGUCGUUUGUCAUCAGUUGAGGCUAACAAUCCUCUAGUGACACAGUUACUGCAAGGCAACCUGCCUUUGGAAAAAGUGCUGCCGCAGCCCAGAUCAGGAGCCAAACUAGAAAUUAACAGGCUUCCCUUGCCUUUGCAAACUACCUCAGUGUGUAAAACAUCAGCAUCUGAGAGAAGUAUGGUUGAAAAUCCUUCCAGCUCACCCAAUCCAGAUGGUAAAGGAUUUACAGCAGGCAGCAUAGCCCCACUACAAAUUAGAAAGCGUGAAAACCAUCCAAAAAAGCGGAUGGCCAGGACUGUGGGGGAGCACACUCAAAUGAAAUGUGAGCUUGGGAAGGUAUCAAUGGACACAGAUGUUAAAGUGGCUCCUUGUGUGAUCAGUUCCAACAUGAAUCAACUAGGGCAUGGUCAGCCAUUUAAACAAGAGUGGCUGAACAAACAUGCAGUUCAGAACAGAAUUGUUCACAGUCCAGAGAUCAAGCAGCAGAAAAGGCCACUGCCUUCAUGCAGUUUCCAACAGAACUUAUUUCACAUUGACAAAAACGGCAGUUUUCAUGCAGAAGCUAGUACCUCACACAGACAGCAUUUUUACCAAAUGUCCAUGGCUGCAAGAGGCCCCAUUCCUACGGCAGCUUUGUUGCAAACUACUUCAAAAGUCCCAUCUGUCUGCAAUGCUUUUGCUUUCAGUAGGCACCUGGAACAGAAGGGUUUGGGAGAGGUCAGUAUUUCUGCAGCAGCUCACCAGCUGAGGCUAGGAAGUGUUUUUUCCCCUAAUAUUCAAAUUAAGGAAGGAGAUGACAUUGCUAGUGCCUCACAAACUCUCCAGAAUAAAACAUUAGUGCAUCCUCCUCCUCCUCCCCCUAUUCCAAACGCAGAAGUCCCAUCUGAUCAAAAACAACAGACAGUUACUAUGGAAACCACUAAAAGACUUAGUUGGCCUCAGCCAGCAAGCAUCUGUAGCAAUAUAAAAUCUGAACCUGUUUCUUUUGAGGAAGGUUUAAGCAGCAGCUGCGAACUAGGCAUAAAACAAGCUUCGUACGAUCAGAAUGAAGUAAAAGAACAGUUAAAAGCAUUUGCAUUAAAAAAUGCAGAUUUCUCUUCCUAUUUACUUUCUGAGCCACAGAAGCCUUUUACCCAAUUAGUGACUCAGAAAAUACAAACGCAGCACCCACAGCAGCAGCAGCUCUGUGGAAGUUAUCCAACUAUACACUUUGGUAGCACAAGCUUCAAAAGGGCAGCAUCUGCGAUUGAAAAAUCUAUUGGAAUUUUGGGAAGUGGCUCAAAUACUGCUACAGGUCUGUCUAAUCAGAACGUUCCGAUUCCGGUUCAGAAAUUUGCUGACAGCAGCAAUGCAGAUGAACUGGAACUGAAAUGCUCUUGCAGGCUGAAAGCCAUGAUAGUGUGCAAAGGCUGUGGAGCCUUCUGCCAUGAUGACUGCAUAGGCCCUUCAAAACUGUGUGUAGCUUGUUUGGUUGUACGGUAGAAACUGAGUCAAAGAUGCAGUAUCCCUUCUCAGCAUGGGAGAACAGAACAAAGAAGUGGAGAAAUUGUAACAUUUUAGGCCAUUUUUUUUUCUGGUGAUGCUUUGUUUCAGAAUUUAGUUAUUUCUGCUUGCAUGACAUUCCCUGGAAAGAAGAAGAAACCGUUAGAAUUUCUUUUAAAAAAAUAACAAACUUGUUACUACGCUACUAUGAGCUUCCUUGCUGUCUAAAAGAAAAGGUAUUAACAUGUCAUUCCUAGCUUCUAUUUAUUUGCACAAAGUGCAGCACACUAUUUCCCCACUUAUCUAUUGUGAUAGCAGACCCUAUAGGUUAGGAAUAACAGGUUAGUUGUAUUCUCAUGAUUUCUAACUGCAGGGGUACUGCAAGUGCGGAGAUAACAAGAUGACUAACAAAUUGAGUAAAGACUGCUUUGGGUAAAGUAGCUUGGUGUUCUGUUACAAAUCACCUUCAGAGCUACUAAAUUGACUUGCAAUUUUUCUAAUGAUUGCUUUCUUGAACCCACCUUUACCAUCCAUAACUUAUAGACAGUCAACCUAACAAAAGAAGGAGAGACUUUAGACAGAUUUAAUUAAAGGAGUUUGCUCACUUCUACACAAAGCAUUAUGGAGGUAAGGUUUUAAUUGUCAGCUGUUCUUGUUGAUUCCCUGAGAAUUAGAUUUGUAAAUGUGGUUUGAUUAGCUGGACCAUGUCUAGAAUCUUCUUGGCUUUAAUGGAGUGUAGAGGAAGUAACGACUUCUCUUAGAGAACUGAGCAACCUCUCCUUUUCCCUCUUCCCCAAACCUCCCCUGUACACCUAUUGAGCUAUCUAUCCCAAACACAUAUAUGGGUCAGGUCUAGGUAACAAACAGAUUCUGGAUUUCAAUAGCAUUUCCAUGGCCUAAGGUUGAUCCUAAGGUAUAACUAAUGAUUUGAGGACGGAUUAUAAUUGUGUGUUGAGCUGAAUAGUAGAAAAUCAGUUAUUUCCCCUCCUAUAUGAUUUACUAUCUGUUUAAAUAUGUUUAAGUUUUGACUUUUUUAAAAACUUAUUUUCAAAAAUGACUUAACACUACCUUUUUUUGUUAAAGAUUUCAGACCACUUGUAGUAUCUUUUGGAGAGUUGGGAGUAAAGAGGUGUUUUUUUUAAAAGGGAUACUGCAUCUUUUAAAUAAUCUUCAGUAUUUAUCCAGUACUGUAUUUAUGUUGAGGACUACAGCUGCAUUCCAGAUGCAUUAGUCACCAUAGCAUGAGAGGACAACAGCAGUAAUUUUGGGGCCCUGUCCACCUAAAAGAAAAAUAUUAUAAAGGGAUAAAGCACAUGCAGCUGUUGGGGACAGGAAAAAAUCUUGCUGUUGUUUUUUACUCCAGAUUCAAGAACACAAUGUGCAGUACGAGUACCCCCAUAUGCUGACAUGCGGCUAACAACACAAACAAAUAUGAGCAUAGAGAGCAAUGUAAUUUUUACCAUUGCAGUAGAACCUCACUAAUGCAUACACCUUACCAUCUGCACAAAAAACAGACAUUCUCUCCCUAGUUCUCAGUGAAACAUGUAAUAGCAGUGAGUUGAGGUCUCGUACUCCUCAGAUUUUAGUAUUUAUACAAAACAUAUAACACUACACAUUUACUUGUAUAUCCUGAAGUAUUAACAUGAACAAUAAAACUGUCAAAUGAAAAAAGUACACUAUAUGAUCCAUUAUACUUGUUUAUUUAUGAUCUUUUCUUGCUUAGUAAUUUAUAAUUAUUUAAUUUAUCAUCGGUCUCCCUGGCAUCAGUGCAUAUUAGUGAGGUUCUACCGUAUAUGCAAAUCACAUUUAUUUUCUUUUGGGACCAUUUUCACAAACAUAAAAUAUACUAUUCCUUUUGAUUGUCUUUAAAAAUUCGUUGGAACGUUGUAGGAAGUACAUUCCUGCCAUAAGAAGUUCUGUGGUGCAACUAGAGUUCUGUUUUACUGAAGUAGUGACAUCUAAGUAUUAAUUUUUGACACCACGUGAUCCAAAGCUAUUAACGAUUCCAUUAACAAAAUUGUUGCUGAUACAGUAAUAUAUUUUCUGUAUACAAAAGCACUCCUUUAUGAAAGGUGAAAAUCCCACAGAUUUUCCACUUUUUCAAGCCUUUCUGUGGAAUGAAAAACAAACUAAAAAUAAACAGUUGAAAAGUAAUUUCCAGUGGUAUGCUGAUGGCUACCCAAAUGGGAGCUAUGAUGGUCACAUGGGUAAACAUGAGUAUAUUGUAGUCAUGCAUACCAAACCAUAUUUAAGGAAACUUCUGUAUUGGACUUAUAUCCUAUUGCAUUUACAUAUGGUAGAGGUAGAAUUUAUUCCCUUAAAUAAACAGAUUGGCCAGUUCUUAGAAUCAUGAUAACCUGUGUUUAUAUGAACCCUCUGAGAGCUGGGAAUCUUUUUACUUCUGGCUCAGAAUCCCUUGUCCACAGCAUGUAUCAGUAUCUGUUUUUACUUGCAACUUGAAAUAUAUUCUACCCAUGACUGACAUGGUAUUGAAAGAAAAUGCAGCAUCCAAAAAUAUUUUAUUUUGAAUGACGGAUGAGGGAGUAAAUAAUAUGAUAUAAUAUGAAUUCAUGUCAAUGGCAUCUUUGUACUGUGGUUGCAGUUUGCAUAUUUGAGAUAAGAUAAAAUGUUAUAUAAAACUGCUUUGGACAAAAUGAUGCUAAAUAAUAUAACACAAUUGGCCAAACCCCUUCAUGGUGCUGCCAUUGCACUGAUUUCUAUUUGACAUCAGUGGAGUUGCUUUAGGAAUGAAUUUGACCCACUAUUUAGAAACAUCUGGUGAGUGAUGUAAGUGAUUUAUAGCCAUGGUGUAAAAUUCCAAAAGCACCUAACUGAUUUAGGAGCCUGAGUCUCAUUGAUUUUUAAUUUGAAAAUGGGACUUACGUUCCUAAAUCAUGCAGGUGCUCUUGAAAAUGGUACCCACCUAUGGGCUUGUCUACAUUACCGGUUCGGUCGACGGGCAGCGAUUGAUCCAGCGGGGGUCAAUUUAUCACAUCUAGUCUAGACGCGAUAAGUCGACCACCGAGCGCUCUCCCAUCAACUUCGGUACUCCUCCAGGGCGAGAGGCGCAGGAGGAGUCGAUGGGGGAGCGUCAGCCAUCAACAUACCAGUGAAGAUACUGCGGUAAGUAGAUCUAAGUAUGUCAACUACAGCUAUGUUAUUCAUGUAGCUGAAGUUGCAUAACUUAGAUUGAUUCCCCUUGCCCCCUUAGUGUAGACCAGGCCUAAGAUUAUAACUGAAUUUUGGAUUGCUCCUGGUUUUGUCUAAUUUUGUCCCAAUUUCAAUCCCCAUGUCAUUCUGGUUUGUUAGUGAUCGUGCAGUUUGCACUGUUGAACAUUUAAGGUUUAUGCACUGAAAAGUGGUGAGAAUAAGCAUUACUUAAGAAGACACCUCUGUGUGUUUGCGUGUGUCAGUCCAUCCAUCCUUCCUGCAGGAAUAAUUUACACAUGCAUUUUUGGAAAAUAUCCAAAGUUUUUUCCCUAGUUGCAGCACUUUUGGGAGAGAGGAAGAAAUACUUUUGUGCUCCUUCCUUCCUUUUUUUUUAAUCUGCUUAUUUUUGAGGUGUGUCGUUAACAUUAGGGCAUUUGUAGUGUGUAUGUUUGUCUGUUCCUGUGCAGAACUAAUUUUCCAGUCAGAAAUUCCCAUAGUUGAAAUAAUAUAAAAAAAAUUGGUGAACUGGGCACUUCAUUUCAGCAUUAUGUUUACCUGCUGAGGUUUAGCACGUGAAAUGAAUUAACGUAAAAAUAAGGUUGAGCCAUAAAGCAGAAUUAUAUCCCUUUUCCUGAUGAGGGCUCUGUGUUAGAGUAAGCUACAGAAUGUUCAUAUUUUUUUAGGGUCCUGGAAUUCCUUGCACAGUUUAUAAACUGGUGCAUAUGGUGCUUUGUAAUGCAGUUUCUGAAGUAAAAUUAUCUUAUGCUGCACCUCCCUUCCCCUUACAAACACACGCACAAUUUCAGAAUAGUUAUUGUAGCCUCUGGUUUAGCAGUUUUACCAAGGUGUGGUGAAGUACCAGGAUGAACACUCAAAAGCUCAAAAAUGUCAUCUAAAGGGAUCAUCUUAGCUGACACGUGCGAACGGCCCUGCUUUAAACACUGAAUGACUUUCUACAGUUUUGUGAAAGCAGCACAGCAGUUUUUUCUGUGUUUCUGUAGGACUUUGGGGGAAAGCAAAAAAUAAUAUUCGGUGUGGAUAAUCAUGGACCUGUGUAGCUAAGUGUUUCUGAAUCUAAAAAUCCUGUUGUCUUCAGUAAUCAUGCUUUUGUCACUGUAAAACCAACAAAAACAUUUUUAGUCUAAUUUAAAGGAGCUGCUUCUUUUAUAGCACAUAAUAUUUCGCUUUGUACUAUAUUUGAUAGUUACAGAAUAAUUUAGUCUGUAGAAUAACUUUGUCGUAUUUGUACUGUUCAUGAAUGUUACAAGAAAAGUGCUUUACUUUGUUGCCAUAAUUCUCUUGUACUGCUGUAAAAUAUUUCUUCUGCUUUACAGAAACCUAACUCAAUUCACAAUUUCAGUACAGGGUUUUUUGUGUUUUUUAUUUUGGUUUUGUUUUUUUUUAAUUUGUCAGUAUUUUGAAUGUUUACAUCUGUUUGACAUUAGCCAUUCAAUGCCUUUUUAGGGCAGUAUUACUCCUGGAGUGUAACAGCAAUUUGAAAUCAACCCAUAUUUAACAUGCAUGAGAAACACAGAUUUAAGGGGGAAAUCCCUAACAUGCAUAGAUUUUUUUUUUAUCAACAUAUGGAGAAGUAAAAACCCUCCUUCAAUCCUCUACCAAAGAAAACAUUAUUCCCACAGGACAAGCUCAGAAGUGGUUCUCUGAAUCCUCGGAAGGGGGAGUAGUUGAUUUCAGUGAGGUUACUACAAUUUAAUACUGUUAUGCUUGCUUUGUUACCUGACUAAAUGUGACUGAGUGCAAGAAGCAUUUUAACAAUUUUUUUUAAAGACAGUGUUUUCUUUAGAAAUCAGGGAUCAUGCUUUCUUUAAUGGUGCUCUUCAUUUUUUAUUUAAAAAAACAAAAACAAAAAACAUUUGUUGCCUACAAAAAUGACCACUCACAAAACCAUAAAUUAAAUACAUUGAGUUGUCUCCAUAUUUUCUCUCUUCUCCCUCCCCUUUUUCCCUUCCUGCUCCCCCGAAAAUAACAACAUGGGCUUCAAUAUUAAACUAUUCUGGAAAAAAAUAAAGAGAUAAAAUAUA